AUGAAGGAAUCAAACCAGGAAGUGAUCGAGCUCAAACAUGAAAACAUUUCAGCACAGGGGUUUAAGGUCGUAAUAGAUUCUAUCUACAGUGGAGAGCUCCUCGUUAACAAGAAAAACGUGUUUGAACUUCUCACAACUGCCAACCAUCUGCAGAUGCCAAUUAUUGUUCGACAGUGUCUUGAUUUCUUGGACAAGGAGUACAUUCAAGGUUGCAUUGACAUCCAGACGUAUCUUCAUCUUCUUGCAUUUGCUGAUUUGCACGGACUUAAAUCCCUAAAGGAAGCUGCGCAACGUAAGAUGGCAUCGUUGUACAAGGAGGUCUGUGAAAGUGAAGAAUUCUUGUCCCAUAUUGACGCUGGUCGGUUCUUAAACCUUUUCAGCCGAGAUGACCUUAAUGCUCCAUCCGAGACAUUCGUCUUCAAAUCUGUGAUGCAGUGGAUUAAGUACAAGAAGAAAGAAAGGAUGCCAGUCGCAACUAAAGUUAUCGGAGCGGUUCGUCUGGGGCUAGUCGACACCAAGGAUGUGGUUGAACAACUGAACACAGAGGAAAUGCGACGAGUGCCAGAGAUUCAAAUACUUAUGUGUGAAAAACUGCUGCAUAGCAACAUGCCUUCGCCCAACUCGAAUUUUGCUGUCGAGAAAACAAGGCCGCGUUCAAUGAUCCCGGUAAGUACAUAAGAACUUCAGUGAUUUAUAACAAAAAGCUGUUGAUCGUGACUCAGUAUUUCUGAUAAGUAAUGAAUAUUUUGUGUAAGCCGCCUGGUUGAAACAAAUGACGUUAUCUAGGUGUCUCUGUGCAAGCACCGACAUGGUUCAUUUAUCCUCUACAUCUUUCUACUGCGCUUCACAUAACUUAAUUAUCACACUGCCACGCAGAGUCUCGGUUUACUUCACAGCCGGCAUCUCACUUCACCUAUCCCCGCGGUCAAUUUAAUUGGUAUCCUGUGCAAUUAAUAAGGGAAGGUGUUUUUGAGAUUGCAUUUGUGUCGACACACAUUUGCCUCGCUUUGAGGCGCUUGCUUACGUUUUACCUCACUUUGACGCGCUAACUCAUGCGGUGAUUCGAGUCCUAGGCGUUCAUCUUUCAAACGUUUGCUAGCUAUGUUUGCUGAGGUCUGCUAUUCUGUCUUCGUAAAGCUUUCAUCUUUUAAAAGUGUGUUGAAUCUUCGUAAAGCGUACAUAUUUUAAAAGUUUGCUGAAGGUCUACUAUCUAUCUGUGUUUGCUGAAUCAAAGCGUUCAUCUUUUAAAAGUGUGCUGAAUCUUCGUAAAGCGAUCUGCGUUUGGUGAAUCUCCCAAAGCGUUCAUCUUUCAAACGUUUGCUGAAAUAAAACAUUUUUCUUUUGAAAAUGCGUUCGACUCCUGGUGCAUGUUUUAGAUCGGCGGCCGUUGUGCCACAAAGAGGAAGCUAAUGGGGAUACCCAAUUCUCAGUUAACUACUAUUUUUUCGGCCAAAUAUCAGUUAACUACUACUUUUGGGCCAAUUCUCAGUUAACUACUAAUUUUGGUUAGCUAUUAACUUUCACUUUCCUACAGCGAAUAUUAUUCCGUCAUAACCCGACUUUUCCUUCUUUCAGCAAGUCAAUCGCUUUUGGGGCAGGCCCUACUAAAAUCAAGGUAUAAAUACAUGAACUCUGCCUCUAGUACAAUUUAUCACCAGUCAUGAUCUCGUACGGAUCUUCCAGACAUGGUCAUGCAUGUCCCGCAAUAACCUACUUCAAAAGUCACCUUCUUCGGCACUUUUAUUAUCUGAUCGGAAUCAGUCUUGUGCUUAUCUGGUUGCUGUAUGUCCUGUAUCUUGUUGUUGGCCUACGUCUCAAUCCAUUUUUAAUCCUUGCAAUCCAUUGCAACAGCCGACGAGAAACAUUAUCAAUGCUAAAAUAUAGUCUUAAAUAACAAAACUGGACCAUUAUUUUUGGAAUUGAAUUGGUGAAUUUAAUCACUAUUUGCACCGAUGGAAGAGACAUAGUUGAGAGUGCUGACAAAGGCAUGACAUGACACCGGGACAAUUCGACUUUUCGUGAGUGCAACCCACUUCGAACUCGUAGUUCUUUUAAGCGAUUGCUUUUCUGUGGUUCCAAAGUCUUCGGCGCAGUUCAAAGCACUAAAGGCCAAAUACUUAAACGUAGUCUAAGAGGGUGCGAAUGGGGUUAACAGUUAACUGAUAUUUGGCCAAAAAAACAGUAGUUAACUGAUAAUUCGCCAAAAAAUUAGUAGUUAACUGAUAAAUGAAAAGUUAACAGUUAAGUGAUAUUAUAUUAAGGUUAAUGAAAGCAACAAAGUUUUGCAAACAGAAAUGCUAUUUUCUGACAUAGUUUUUGUCCUACUGAUGACCCUGUGGCACAUUAACUGAUAUAAUUAUUACUAUCUGCAAAGGACACCAGGGCAGUACCUGACAAACAGAAAGCGUCAGUCAAAGAGCUGGUUGUAGACAACUCAACGAAUAAUUCGUCUUCUAAUAUUAACAAGAUUUCUGUGUUCGGAAAAGGAAAAUACUGUUUUCACGGACACAAAAGAUCGUCAAGUUAAACAUUUACUACCCUAUUAAAAAAACUGUGACUCUUAGCAUUGGAUCUGGCCAAAAAGAAUUUCCGAGGGUUCAAAGAAAUCAGCAAUGAUCUUUCUUUUAAGUACAUGGAAUUUGUACUUACGAGAAAUCAUUUUUGUAACUGGUGUUGGAGUUCUAACUAUUGAGACUUUUUUAAUAAGAAGAAAAGCUCGCGUUUAAAAAAGGUUUCGGCAGUUUCAUUUCUUAGAACCCUUGGAUAUCUUUAUGAGGUUUUUGAAAUACCCGAAAAAAGCACGUCUGCGAAAAAGGUAGCAUUGAGGGACGCGAAAGAGGAUGUCGACAAAAUCUGUAUCGAGGUACAAAAAAACGAAUAUUUGAACCUCCAGAUCUCUUCUUUGGUGGGUUCUUUUAAGAAGAUAAAUGCUUUUCUAGUCAUCUCUAUAUGCUUUCAUAAAACUAUUCACAAUAAAUGAUGUUUAGAUAAAAUUGUUGGACAAAUUGAAAAUCACUUAGAACGCGGUUUUGUUAAGCACUGGCUAGACACAAAAUGUCGAAGUGAGAAACCAGUGUGGGCUUUCCACUUGCAUUGUCAGAAGUUAAACCGGGGCUUAAGUUAGACGUCCACAAAGUACAUUUACCUAGUUGUGGAGCUCGGCGGCCGUAGUGCCACAAAGUAAAUCUACCGAGUUGUGAAGUUCGGCGGUGCCAUUUCAUCAUGACUUGUGAUAUUUUCGGCACCGGACAAACCAACAUUUUAGCUAUGUUAUUCUUUCGGAAAAACGUGACCAGCCCACGGUAGCGCCACUCAAGUCACUGAAAUCAAGACAGUACACUCGACCAAAUUACUGGAAAAGUUAUUGACGAGAGCCGUACACACAUUCCACUGAAAUUCCACUGAAAACUUUGAUGAUUCCCUUGAAACGUGUGAAAUGGAGAGGUGUAGUGUAAGUGAACCAGUGUUCAAACGCAAUUCAUUUUGCCCCGGCGUUCACCACAAAAAAUGUGGUCUUCUUUAAUAUCAAGACUUGCCAGUAACGGUUUCAUUUUAUAGUAAAUUUCAGUAAUUGUCUACAUGUGGAAUUCCCAACAAUUAAAAUUAAUGAUUGCAUCUAAAACUUUGUCAACUGUUUGCAUUUUAACAAUAAGUUGAUGAUCGUUGUGGUGUUGGAUGCUCUUAAAAAUAAGAGAAGAAGUUAUCCGAAGAAAUGUUUUUUAACAAAAGAAAAAGAAACCCGGGUUAAGGGCUAACCGGCCUUCGAAGAACUGCGCCCUGUAGAACAUCUAUUGCACUAGUAAAACAAAAAGUUCUAUUGAAACGCCCGACGCACUCUGGCCAGUGUCUCCUCAACUAGAUGCACUUUAGACGAACCACGUCCAACCAUACGGUAUCACUCUGAUCACUAGCCUUAAAAACCUUUUCAUGAUGAUACACAGUUUAAAUAGAGGUUUUUCUGUACGCAACCCUUACGUUCAAAAUAUGCUAUAAUCAUAUUUAUCUAUCGCAAGAACCAUCCACUCCUGCAUCCACCCUUCCCCCUCAACUGCUACCUGUACGCCUGCUAAACAUAUCGAACGCACUCUAAUAAACUCCGAUUACUCCUAUUUUAUACAAGUGCGCACCAAUCAAUUUAGCCGAUUAUGUUGGCAGCGGAUCAGCGUUCCAAAUCUAAUUGGACCCACCACAUCAUUGACAAAUGUCUCUCAAGGAGGUGCAAAUUUCGCUUAGAAUGAUGGCAUAACGGGUCUGCGUCCACAUUAGAAAGGAAUUAAUUCUUUUCUUUCAACCUUAUUCAUGGAGGAUCAUAGAGGCCGUGUCUUGCAUUUUACAUCUUGCAAUGUAUACUGAGCUUCUUGUACAGGUCUUUCAGACCGUGACGGACAGUAGUCUAUGUUUGUAUGUAAAAUGAAGCCUAACAAUUAACUCGGCCCACUAACUAGACGCACAACUGCGACAUACCGGGCUUUCCCUGUGCAAAUUUUCUUGGUUAUAAAAAUAGAAAAUACGCUUUGUCGUUUGAAAAGACCAUUCAAUUUUGUAUUCUCCCUAUGGAUCAAGAUCCAAAUCAAGAAUAGUUACCAGAAACACUCUUGUACUACCCUGCGUAGCCUACUUAGGCAACUUUAACUUUUCAUUGGGCAUGAAAUUCAGGGACUAUAUCGAGUACACUGAUCAAUUGCAGCUCUGAAAAAAUUUUCCUACAGCUUUUUUUACAAAUUACUUAGAAGAGAGCGUGUCACUCUGGUACAUAUAUCUCCGCUUUUUUUUUCAAAUUCGCGCGAUUCUACUUUCCUCACAGGAUCCACAGGAGAUGUGUUUGUCGUUAGAACAUCAAAACCCGUCGAAAACCUCUGAAAAAAUGGGUUAUUUUGAUCGCGUUACAGUUUCGUUACACAUUCUAUAGACCGCAAAACCCUUCGGGCGACGUGUCGUGUGCCAGCGAGGAUAUGGCUUGCGGUUGUUGAUUUUCAAAAGUCGAUCUGGGUCAGAUAAGCGAAGAAAUCGUUUACAGUAGAUUUAUAAAAAUCCCAUUAGGUAAUUAAUCGUGCUAAGCGACAGGUAUAGACAUUUUUCAAGGUGAAACUUUAAAUAAGUAAUCAUUCAUUUAUUCACACGAAACUCCUCUGGACCCUGUGCUUUCCUCCAGCGGUUUGGAAAAUGUACAGUACGUAACAUAAAAACUUUCCGGAAACAUCCGAGAAUUAAGAAGAAAAUUAUGGGUAGACUUCAGUUUACGCGUAAAAUCAUCUGAUUCUUCCUCUUACGGAUUUUUGUGCCGGAAACUCCGCACAAUAGAAGGCAAGCAUGCAAAGCGAAGAGAUUUCCAUAGAAAACACGAAUAAGGGUUGAAAUUCAUUGUCUCGUGAUAAUCAUUCCGAUCGCAAAAUAAUAAUAUUAUGGAAUAAAGUAUACGUGUAAUUCGUGUCGUUUAGAUAUAAGAGUUCGAAAGAUAGAAGGUAUGCCUACAUGAAUACUCGAUUGAUACUAGAUACAGGUCGUAUUGCAUGGUAAGAUUUUGCUUCUUACACUAUAAUAUAAUUCUUGGCUGGGAACCUUAUUUCUGUGGCUUCAUGGGGACGCGUGACUGACCCGAAACAGUCAUUCCUACACCUAACCAUACCUACCCUGAAAACAGACGGUGACUGUGCAUUCAUGAUCGCCGCACUUCAGCUGCACUUAGGCUUUGGAGAAAAUUACCAGCAAUCCAUCUACCUAGCCUGUGAGCAGCCUCUUCGGGGUGCUAUAGCGGCGGGGUGGGAAAAGGAUGGAGACCUUGGGACUACUUCUCUGGAAUUUGAAUAUCUGCAUCGAAAAAGUCGAUGCGAAAUGCUGAUUGGCGAAGAUGACAUUAGUAAUGACGUCAUUACCCUUGGCGCGUGUUUUUCAGUGUUUGUUUACAUUAGGGCCCGUUUCCGCAGGCUAGCUGAUUAGCGAAAAUCUGACAGCUCAGUCCACUGGGCGCCACAAGGGAAUUGGAGGUGGAAUUCAAAUUCCAGAGACGUACUUACAACCUCUCCUUCCUUUUCCCGCCCCGCCGCCAGAGCGCCCCGGCAGGCUACUCUAGAUCUCUUCCCAGGGCAAGUCUUCUCAUUUCACUUUUUAUCUUUUUACUGCACACAAAAUAUUGUCUGUGAGACCAUUGAUUUAACUACAUCUUUCUAAUAUGACCUUAUAUGAUGGACUGAAAAAUGUAGGGGGCAGUGUUGCGUGCUCAAUUACAAACUACCUCUUCAUUGGUCAUUCUUCAUAUCUUGGUCAGUGUUGCAUAACACCUCAAUGACCCACACAACGGACUGUUUAAAACGAUCGAGUGGGCGCUGCCUUGACACAUAUCGCAUCACCACAAUGGCGGCGCAUCUUUUGUUCAAGUUAGGCCAGUUCAGAGAAAACGGAGAAUUCAUUGACGUUCGUCUGAAGGUAGAUAAGUCCAUCUUUCCUGCUCACCGUAAUGUUCUCGCUGCUAAUAGCGACUAUUUCCACGCAAUGUUCACCAACGGAAUGAAGGAAUCAAACCAGGAAGUGAUUGAGCUCAAAGAUGAAAACAUUUCAGCAAUGGGCCUUAAGAUCGUAAUAGAUUCCAUCUACAGUGGAGAGCUCCUCGUUAACAAGAAAAAAGUGUUUGAAGUUCUCACAACUGCCAACCAUCUGCAGAUGCCAAUUAUUGUUCGACAGUGUCUUGAUUUCUUGGACAAGGAGUACAUUCAAGGUUGCAUUGACAUCCAGACGUAUCUUCAUCUUCUUGCAUUUGCUGAUUUGCACGGACUUAAAACCCUAAAGGAAGCUGCGCAACGUAAGAUGGCAUCGUUGUACAAGGAGGUCUGUGAAAGUGAAGAAUUCUUGUCCCAUAUUGACGCUGAUCAGUUCUUAAAUCUUCUCAGCCGAGAUGACCUUAAAGCUCCAUCAGAGACAUUCGUCUUCAAAUCCGUGAUGCAGUGGAUCAAACACAAGAAGGAAGAGAGGAUGACAGUCGCAACUAAAGUUAUCGGAGCGGUUCGUCUGGGGCUGGUCGACACCAAGGAUGUGGUUGAACAACUGAACACAGAGGAAAUGCAGCGAGUGCCAGAAAUUCAAAUGCUUAUGUGUGAAAAACUGCUGCAUAGCAACAUGCCUUCGCCCAACUCGAAGUUUGCUGUCGAGAAAACAAGGCCACGUUCAAUGAUCCCGGUAAGUACAUAAGAACUUCAGUGAUUUAUAACAAAAAGCUAUUGAUCGUGACUCAGUGUUUCUGAUAAGUAAUGAAUAUUUUGUGUAAGCCGCCUGGUUGAAACAAAUGACGUUAUCUAUCGUGCCUCUGUGCAAGCACCGACACGGUUCAUUUAUCCUCUACAUCUUUCUGCUGCGCUUCACAUAAUUUAAUUAUCACACUGCCACGCCGAUUCGGUUCCCUCAUAAAAAAUUGGAUCAUUUUGCAACAUCAAAAGGCAGUCAAAGUACUGUUAAAGAAAGCUGUCACAUGACUUGUAUUUGUACAGGUAGCCUAACCUCACCAGUGAGAAUUUGAAGUUAUGACCUGUAAUGCUUCUAUCAAUUGAUUCCUCACUCUAAAGCAAAUUCUUUGUUCUGUCAUUUGUGUCCAGUGAUACUUAGUACUGAGAGCUUUAUUUUUACGUCUAUCGUAAACGGCAAUUCAAGUUUACAGUUCCACAUAUUUGGCAAUGAAGUAACUCUUACGGAUUAAUCUGGCAUGAGGCUACUAAUUUUUGCAUGGAUAUGAUAAACAGUAAACUGACAAAUAGAGGGCGGAAAAGUUCGCCCCUUGUUAGAAAUUGCCGUUUGCCGUUUCUAGUAAACGUGAAUUUAAGCCGACUCGCUAAUAUAUCUAGUGUAAGAAUUAGGCUAUAAACUGGGCUCGGAGUUUCAUGUUGAAAUCAGCCGUUCUCUUCAGAUUUCGCAAUGAAUCUUCAGCAUUCAUGAAAUCCGCGAAGCAUGACUGAAAAGAAAAGAAUUUUGAGCGUCCAUCAUGAAUGUCAGACUGAAUAAGCUUAUGCAAAAUUACAUUUUUGAUAACAUGUACUCUUUGACUAUCUAUAUGGCAUAAAAAGCGAAGGUAGUUUUUAAACUCCUCAGUGCAAUUUCCUCCAUGUCAGACCAGGAGCGUCAGACACUCAUUAUUAAUGUCCAUUAUGCCGACAUUGUCAGGUAAACAAUAUGAGAUCUAGUAUGUUGUUACCGCGUGUAGUCGAGACAAGGGAUGAAAAUAAAUUUGUCCACGUGCGGAGCCCAGAAGGCAGAUCAGUGAACAGGCUCGGUUUACCUCACAGCCGGCAUCUCACUUCACCCAUCCCCGCGGUCAAUUUGCACUUUCUAGCUCCUUCUCACCCUAUAUGGACCUCGAUGAAUCUCACAUUUGAGAUCCUGUUCGCGGGCUGCGGAUUGAAGUCGGCCGAAAUCCACAGUACUUUACCAACAAAUUGAUCGCAUGUUUGGCUUAAUUAAAGCUGUCCAACUUUGAUCAGAGUUCGUGGGAUCUGUAUCAGGAACAGAAGAAAAUGCAUUGAUUACACUGGCUGUGAUCAAUAAAUUAUAUUAGCUCGAGGGAAAAAUAAAUCUUUUCAAUUUAUAACAACAAUUUUUUGUAAGAGGAAUGAGGCCCACAAAUUAAGAACAACGUAAGAGGGGUGCAAACGUGGCUAGAAGCUCAUAAUCAUCCGUCUGGACAAAUAAUUCAUCCUCCAGUAUAAAAACGGCCAAUAUGCAGCCUGCUGGAGCUGCGUUGCUAGAUCUUACUAUAUUCAUGAUCAUGCACUGUACACCGCAUGUAUCAGUAAAAUGUUGCAAAUUUAAGUUUUUGGAAUUUUUAAAGCAAAGUCGAAACACCUCCGCCUCCCAGAUUAAGAUCUAGUAAUUGAGGCUCGUGCCAAAUAGGAGAGUGUAAUUUCAGUAAGGUUUUUGAUUUAUACUACUACACGAGAAUUUUCUGCAAUUUGAUUGGCUUAGAGCAGUGGUAUUUCAGCUUAAUUUGAAAUACCUACAUGUGAAAAUUACAAACCUUUUGUGGGUAGUAGUAUAAACAGAUAAUAGCAUGAUUUGUACGUGAUAUUUGGCAUAAAUACUACUUUUGAUAUUUCAAAAUUGUCUCAAAUUUCACCAGCCGUUAGGUGAGUGAAAUUUCGUAUAACAAUUUUGAAAUAUCACUCGUGGUAUUUAUGCCAAAUAUCACUACAAAUCAUGCUAUUACCUAUACAAACAGAUUAUUAAAAAAAAAACCGAGCCUGCAUCUAUUGGACCCCUAUAGGCCACUUGCACUAAGAGGUCACGUGACCAAUGCUUCCUUUAAACUAUGAGUUGAAAUCCUGUUGAUGACAAACAUUGACAGAGCACAUAAGCGGAAACGCAUUUAACGGGGAUUUUUUAUGGCACUUUGUUUUUUCAACAAAGUAGUAUGAUUUGUAUUGACCGCCAUGUCGGCAUACUCUUGCCCUCCAACAUGGCGGCCAAAACUACUUUUUGCUUAUAUCUUGUUAAACGUUUGAUAGUAACGCUCAGGUGUGCUGUAAACGUUACCAACGUUUUCUUUGAAGUUUAAGAGCAAAAUUUGUGUUCAGAAAGAGGUUAUUCAUAAUUUUAAAAAUCACAUUUUGGUCUCGUGACUAGCUAGAAACUUACUCAUUUUAGAAAAUGGCGCGGGUUUGAAAAACCAAAUCACUAUUUUUUUUGUUUAAGAUAUGACCCACUAAUCGUUUUUUGAAGGCAAAAUCAUAUAACUUUCAUUUUCAUACAAACGAUGUCACAUGACUUCUUAGUGCAAAUGGCCUAUUGGGUCUUCCUUUUUAGCUGACUAUAAUAAAUUUGUUGUAGUUAAUUUUUUAUCUCAGGUAAUCUUUAUUUUUCGUUGUUUCAACUUCAUUAGUAUACACUACCAUACCCCAAAACAAAAGGAAAACAAAAAUUACCUAAGAUAAAAAAUUAACUACAACAUAUACAAAGCCUGUAAUUCCGGGAGAACGACUCUGAAGACACUUACUAUUUUUAAAAAUAAAUGAGCAAGAGUCUUUCAUCAGCCGAGUUUAAGUUAACGUGUUUUGAAAUUUCACACGUUUCGCGUUUGGCCUUCAUCAGUUUAAAGCUAUUAUUUUACUUUCCGUUCUAUUUCAGGUACUUGUUGCAAUUUUCCCUGGUCAGUCUACCCCGCAAAAGAGAGAAGAUUCCGUUGCCAGUGAAAUGCAGUAUUUUGAUGCCGAAACAAAAUCAUGGAAACCGUUUCUGUCUAUGGCACGACUGGUUCAUGCAACUGAAUGCAUUUGUGCUGAAGUUGUAGGCAAUUACUUGUAUGUAGCUGUAACAGAGGAGCGUUCUGAUAUUAUGUAUCGAUAUCACACGGUUAGAAAUGUGUGGGAAAGACUUCCACAUUUUCAAAGCAACUACUUCCGUGUAGGCUGCAUGAGUUCAGUCAAUGAAUAUAUAUAUGUAUUUAGUAACUAUGGUCUGCUUCAGAGAUAUAGUUUGGCUCAGAAUGAUUGGCAAUAUGGUUCCAAUUUGCCUUUUUUAAACAAAACAGACAACGACCAAGGAAAAUUGGUACAUGUGACGGCAGUGAGAAUGAGAUCUAAAAUAUAUGUUCUUCAUGGAUGUUACAAAGAGGAAAAAACCAAUUAUCGCGAAACCAAACACCGCAGCAGUCGUAAGGCUGAUCCAAAACCGGCCGUUGUUCACUGUUUUGACCCUCUGAAAAAUGUAUGGAAGAAGAAGGCUUCAACUAUACAUCCCCACUUUAAUUCCAGUCUGUUUGUAGAUAAUAACAAGCUUUAUGUGGCUGGUGGAUGGGUUACUGUUCGUUAUGAAGAUUCUUUCGGGUUCGCGACGGCUUCACGAGGUCGCCCUGCACCUAUCGAAGUUUAUAAUGAAGAAACGGACUCGUGGUACGUCGUUGAGCAAAACCGCAUUCCUCCAAACACCCUUGGUGCAGUAGAACUGUUGGGAGGGAAGGUUUAUUUCAUCAUCAACAAAUUUCCAAUUGACAGUGGCAUUAGAAUACCACCAAAUGAAGUGUACAAAAUAUCUUUACGGGAGUGGGAAAAUUCACUGGAGAAAAUUGAUAGUAACGCAGCCUUGUGUUACCUAUCAAUAAAGAAAGAGAUGUUACGCACGGUGCAGGCUGAAGCGUAG